CUUCCCGGGUUUGGGAAGUUCAUAGGUUUCAACCAUAAAUCUCGCGCCUCUUCUUCUUCUUCUCUUUGCUUGGAAAUAUGCGAACCAGAAAUCAGGCAAAACAACAGAAUCAAUCAACUGCAAAUGAAGACUCUUUGAAACACUAUGGUGAGAUGGAGAGCCGUCGCGGCUGCAAAGAUGGAGCCAGUGGCAAUGAAACUCUUGCAAACAUAUCUCGAGGUGCAGUGGGGAAACUUUUGAAACGAGUCAACAAGUCACGCGGCUCUCGGUGUCUGAAAACCGAUGAUAGUUACCUAUGCAAACAGGAUUCUGAGGGCAAGCCAGAGAAUGGAUCAAGGGAGACAGAAAAGCAGCUUAGUAGUACUACAGUUGUGAGGACUACAUUAGAUGCUAAAUGCUGCACUAGAGAUGUGUUACAAAAUGUGCCAUCGGAAGUGGAAAAUGAAAGUACAAAUGUUCAGUAUCAGAAUAUUGAGAGGGAGGAUGAACUUGAUGGUGUUGAUUGGGAAGAUGGGUCGGUUCAUACUUUGAAGUCCGAAAGCGAUGUUAAGGAAGAUACAAUCAAUGGUGUGACUGUUGAGUUUGAUGCUCUGCCUGAUCCUAGUAAACAAAAGACAGUACGCCGAGCAACUGCUGAAGAAAAGGAAUUGGCUGAGCUUGUGCAUAAGGUUAACUUGCUUUGUUUACUGGCAAGGGGCAGGUUGGUAGAUAGCGUUUGCAAUGAUCCUCUCAUCCAGGCUUCUUUACUUUCACUUCUGCCAGCACAUCUGCUGAAGUUAACGGAUGUUCCAAAACUUACUGCAAAGGCUCUAGCUCCUCUUGUCAAUUGGUUCCAGAGUCAUUUCCGUGUUAGAGGUGCAAAUGAUACGGAGAAGUCAUUUCAUUCAGCUUUGGCAUCAACUCUUGAGUCUCAGGAAGGGACACCAGAAGAGGUUGCUGCAUUGUCUGUGGCACUGUUUAGGGCUUUGAAUCUUACGACCAGGUUUAUAUCAAUCUUGGAUGUGGCUCCAUUGAAGCCUGAAAUUGAGAAACCAAAUCCCUCUGGUCAAGGCCCUGGUAGGGCUGGUAGCGGAAUAUUUAACUCUUCGACAUUGAUGGUGACUGGAUCAAAGCAUUCUCCUCUCCCUCCUGCUAAAUCUAUGGCUGAUGGCAAGCAUAAUGGUCCUGAUAAGACUUCAACAUCGGAUGCUCAGCGUGAUGCUAAUGAUGCAUGUAUUAUGAAGAGAGAGCGGCCAAAGAGAAAAGGGGAUCUUGAAUUUGAGAUGCAGUUGGAAAUGGCUCUUUCAACCACCGCAGUCGAAAUUGCUAAGAACGCUACGGUCUCAGAUGUGAAGGAUGUAGAAAGUUCUUUAUCAAAUGUAUCACCAUUCAAAAAGAAGAAAAUUAAAGCAGAAGAGUGUUCAACUUCCUCUCAUGGAAUAUCGACUGCUAUUGGGUCUAAGAAAGUAGGGGCGCCUCUAUACUGGGCGGAGGUCUACUGCAGUGGUGAGAACCUGACGGGGAAGUGGGUGCAUGUUGACGUAGUAAAUGCAAUAACUGAUGGAGAGCAAAAUGUGGAAGCUGCAGCUGCUGCAUGCAAGUUGCCUUUAAGAUAUGUUGUUGCUUUUGCUGGAACUGGAGCUAAAGAUGUGACACGCAGGUACUGUACAAAGUGGUACAAGAUAAGAUCUGAGCGAGUCAACUCAAUUUGGUGGGAUGCAGUAUUGGCACCUUUAAAGGAGUUGGAGUCGGUUGCCACCAGUGAAGUAGUUCAUUUUGCACAAGGAGCAACCAGGAGCUCGCUCGAAGAUAUGGAGUUGGAAACUAGGGCACUGACUGAACCUCUUCCAACAAAUCAACAGGCUUACAGAAAUCAUCACUUAUACAUAAUUGAAAGAUGGCUUAACAAGUAUCAGAUACUUUACCCCAAAGGACCUGUAUUAGGUUUUUGCUCUGGUCAUCCAGUAUACCCACGAUCCUGUGUAAAAACACUCCAAAGAAAGGAAAGAUGGCUUCGCGAGGGGCUCCAAGUGAAAGCUAACGAGAUCCCUGCAAAGGUUCUGAAGCGUUCUGGAAAGCAGAACAAAGGACAGGAUGCUGAAGACGAUGAUUGUGGCGACGUGGAUUGUGGAGGAACUCUCUCCCUCUAUGGACAGUGGCAAACUGAACCACUGUUUCUUCCUCAUGCAGUAAAUGGCAUUGUACCUAAGAAUGAGCGUGGUCAAGUGGAUGUCUGGUCCGAGAAGUGCCUUCCACCGGGUACAGUCCAUUUGAGAUUUCCAAGGUUGGUUCCUGUUGUUAAAAGGCUGGAAAUUGAUUUUGCACCUGCUAUGGUUGGAUUUGAGUUCCGGAAUGGUCGAUCUCUACCUGUAUAUGAGGGCCUUGUGGUGUGUACCGAGUUUAAGGAUGCAAUUCUGGAGGCAUAUGCAGAAGAAGAGGCGAGAAGAGAUGCCAAAGAGCGGAAAAGGACUGAAGCAGAAGCUCUUUCUCGGUGGUAUCAGCUUCUUGCGUCGCUUAUUACCCGACAGAGGCUGCACAAUUGCUACGUGGACGGGGCAUCCUCACAAUCAGUUGCCAAUACUGCAAAGUCCAAUGAUAAAUCCUCCUCCCUACUAGCUGGUGACAUUGAGAACACAAGGACCGCUCCUGAAUACCAGCAAGAAAAAUGUGAGAUUGCCAAAUCUAAUAGUCCACCAAUUGUACUUGCAGAAAACCAUGAACAUGUAUUCCUAGUAGAAGAUCAGACUGUUGAUGAUGAAAGUUCAACUAGGACGAAACGAUGUCAUUGUGGAUUUUCAGUUCAAUAUGAGGAGUUGUAGAGCUUUCAAUCUAUCUUUUUCAUCAGUAGGUUUUUGGUUCAGUAUGAGAAGUUUAGAGAGUUUUUUAUUCUCUCUAUUUUAUCUCAUGCCAGUUGGGUUGUAAGUAUAGGUUGUUAGAAAUAGUAAUGUAUAAUUGUAUGUAACAUCAGAUCAUGACUUAAAACGCUUGUGUUUUGUAUAAUAUUGGUUUGAGGUGAACUUAAGUGGGGCGACAUGGUAGGUGA